GCUGCAGGAUCAGAGAAUCAUUCACCAACUCCUGCAGAAAAACGGGAUGAGUUCACUGAGAUUAUUCUGAAGAUACCGCUAAUCUAACAAUGAGGUGACACUUACAAAAGGUUGUGAAAUUGUCCGAGUUAUGCCUUUCUUGGAAUUCAUUGCUGGGAGCGUGUCAGGUGCCGUGGGACUGGCAGUUGGACAUCCCAUGGACACUGUUAAGGUGCGUCUGCAAGCCCAGUCUGCGUAUAAAGGGAUAUUUCACUGUGUGGCUAAAACCUACUCUAAUGAAGGGCUCCGUGGAUUCUUCAAGGGCAUGGCAUUUCCAGUGCUGACCACGGGUAUCACCAACUCUGUUGUCUUUGGCUCUUACAGUAAUGCCUUAGAUUACCUCACUCAGUCCAAGCGUAAUGACCGCAAUCAAGGCAAGCCGGCCUCUGCAGCACAUGUCUUUGCUGCUGGCUGCUUCUCGGGCCUUGUGCAGGUGUUUAUUUGUGCACCUAUUGACCUGGUAAAGGUGCGCUUGCAGGGUCAAGCGACCACUCAGCGAUACCGUGGACCCAUACACUGUGUCGCCGUCAUUCUGAAGGAGGAGGGACUCAGGGGUCUGUUCAGAGGAGGGCUGGCCCUCGCCCUGAGAGACGUACCCUGCUAUGGACUCUACUUUUUGCCUUACGAGAUCACUAGAAAGGCUCUGACUGAGAGCGGCAAAGAGCCAGGAACAUUUGCAAUAUUGAUGGCAGGUGGCGUAGCGGGCGUAAUGACUUGGGCCUUUGCCACGCCCAUGGAUGUGGUGAAAGCCCGGCUCCAGAUGUCGGGGGCUGGCGGCCGGGAAUACCGCGGGGUCCUCCACUGCAUGAGAGUGAGCUUCAGAGAGGAGGGAGUGAGGGUCUUUUUCAAAGGCCUUCUGCUGAACAGCCUGAGGGCCUUCCCUGUCAACGCCAUCACAUUCCUCAGCUACGAGAGUCUGAUGAGGAUUUUAUGUCCACCGACAAGAUGACCUCACUCUUGGCGGUGAAUAGAUUGCACUCCUUGCCUCCGGUGGUGUGGAUGUUUUAAGCGUCCAUUCACAAUUCGACUGAAUGGCAGUCGAAUGUACUGCCAUUCAGUGAAUGAGUACUGAAAUACAAUAUUGUAUACAUUGUUUGUAUGUAUGGAAAAGAUCACCUCUUUUCUAGUAAGCAUCAGAAACCUGAACACAUUGCUGAACAGUGAUGAAAGUGUGACCUGUGACCUGAACCAUUUUGAUUAAGGUUUAUAUCAGGAUGCUCAUGUUUUUGGACAUCAAAUCCAUUAUACUUGGCAAAAUAUCAGUGUAUUAUGACUUUAAUGCAGACAGAGACAUGUUUUUCACUAUAUUUUUUAGCAUUUUAUUCCUCUGAGCUGGACACAAACAGCAAAGGAUUUCUUAAUAAUUAAACAAUACUAAAAUGUAGAUGAUUUUAUUAUUGGUGACCGGUUCAUGAAGUCACUCAUGUGUAUACUAACAGGUGGAACAUUAUUAUUAUGUGACCUGUGGUAUUCAGACAGCAACCACUUUGUCCUGUUUCUAUAUUCUAUAUUCUAUAUGUAACAUGCCUGUCGCAACAGAGUACCAGCAUCUCAGACCAAGAUGCAUGUUUAGCUGUUCCAGCUACCGCGACAAUUAAAGGUCAGACGGUCAGAUUACAGCA